AUGCCUGCAGCUGCAACUCAACCCGCCCCCAGGGGGUCCAAGAAGAAGACCACUGGUGCUGCCAAGCGUGCUGAGUCGCCCGCUUCCAGCAUUGGUUCCCGUGCCGCUGCCGAUUUGUUGGACGAGGAUUUCGAGAGUUCCGACAUCAUGAAGCUGCAAAAGAGCAUUCGUAAUCUCAACAAGAAAAUUACCAAUGCCUCAAAGACAGAUGCCCUUUUGAGCCAGGAACAGCACGCUGGCAAAACACUUGAGCAAUUGGUCAACGAAAAGACCAUAAACCCAGAUCAAAGGGCACAGAUUGAGAAAAAACCCGAGCUCCAGGCCCAGCUUGCCCAGGCCGAGGAGCAGCUCGCGCAGCUCCGAAAGGUCCAUGAGCAAUACCGUUCACGAGCCGCAAACGAAAAGGCUGAGUGGGAGAAAACGUUGGAGAAGGCCAAGGCUGACGCUGUCAGCGAAGCCGAGGCGAGCUUCCAAAAUUCCUUGAAGGGUAACCUUCUUCUCCUAUCGCAGUUCUUGCGCCUCGCUGCCUACCGCCGUGAGGAAGCUACCGAUGCCGAGUCGGACGAAAGCCAAGCUAUCGAAGGUGUUCUCCUGGCAAUCUAUGCCGGAGACGACUCUGCCGUUGCAUCAAUGUUGAAGCUCGUGGAGGGUACUGAAGACAAGGUUCUCAGCGUGCCAGGAGAGCAAUUGCAGACUACUUACUCCGUUGUCAAGACACUAGCUCAGGAAUACAAGGCCCCGGUCUACAGUGAGGUACCAGCCGAAGGAGAGACUGCUGAGGUGGUUACUGGCCCUACUGUGGCAAACGUCGCAGCCAUCGAGGUCGCAGAUACUGAUGUCUCUGCUUCUCCUGGGGAGAAGAAGGCUGAGGCGAGCAAUGGUCACCCUAGUGCCAAUAUAUCCAACACUGCCGCCAACGCUGUGGCUGAGAGUCACUGGGAUACUGAGGCCGGUCUCUCCACGUCGCAGGAGUGGGUAGAUGUGAAGGCCUCACGAGACAUUACCGAGGCUGAUACUGGCCUGACUGACACGCCAGCCUCAUCUGGAAAUACCCAAUCUUGGGCGGACGAGCAGCCCGAGCCUACUAAGCCUUCUGAUGGUAAUGAUGGAUUCCAUCAGGUCCAGCGUAACAAGGGCCGUCACGAGCGCGAAGGAAAUGGCAACUUGCGCGGUCGAGGUGGUCAUCGUGGUGAGCACCGUGGCCGUGGCGGUCACCGCGGCGAAGGCCGUGGACGUGGUCGAGGUCGUGGGAUAUCCUCUCGCCCCCGACGAAACGAAGAGUCCUAG